AACAUGUGAGCUUUGGUGUUCCGAUUAAGAUGCAGGUUCUAGUACAGCUUGUGUCCCAUCCACAUGUCUACCCUCUAAAAACCAUUCUCUGUUUCCGGUCUAAAGAAAAAGGUGAAACACUCUUACUUACCUCUAAAAAAAAUAAAAAUGCAUCAGACAUCUAGUAACGUAACAUUUGUAACCCACUAAGAAGUUUAAAGUUGUAUUAAUUAAUUUUUAGGCAUUUAUAUUUAUUUCAAAUUCUUUAAUAACAGUCUGCUAAAAUGAUAACUAUGCGGUUUUUGACAAACCUAGCGGUUUUGUUGAAAGUGGUCCAUGUAUAGAAGCAGCACCCUGCCCUGAUCUCUGUAGCAGCAACCACAUAAUGACUGUCCUCUCUCUCCAUCACUCUGUCUCUGACUCCACCUAUCUGCAGUGUGUAUAAGAGGUGUCCUGAUCUUUCUCCUCAGUAGUUCCUCUUCUGGUUCUCCCAGGAGUUUCGACCCCUGACCUCCAAGGAUGGAUAACGCCACAUACAACUACAUGAAUGACUGCACGCCGCUCACUAACUGUAAGUCCGGCCGUAAGGCUGGAGGCUCCACAGUGGUCAACAUGAGCCAUGUGGGCAAGAAGCCACCAAACGACUACCUGAUCUGGUCGCUCUGUAACACUCUCUACGUCAACUUCUGCUGCCUGGGAUUCAUGGCUCUGAUCUACUCCAUCAAGGCUCGAGAUCAGAAGACUUUGGGUGACCUGCGUGCAGCACAGGAAUGCUCAGACAAGGCCAAGUGGUACAACAUCCUGGCAUCGGGCUGGAAUCUGCUGAUUCCUCUGCUGGUGUUGGGUCUGCUGGUCCUGCUCGUGGUUCAUCUGGGCAGCUCAGAGGGAACGUUUGAUUUCUUCGGUGAAGACGGAUUCCAGAGCUUCAUGAAGCUCUUCAGCAGGUAGACAGAGCGACUCGAACAAUCCCACCAACACAAGCUCCUGCAAACCUUCUGGACUGUUCCCCCUCUCUCCACUUCACCAGCACCGUUUCUUCAUCUGUGAGCUGUGUGAUGAAAUUAUUAUUAUUUAGAUUUGUUUUUUUCUUUUUCAUAAUGAAUGUUAGUGUACUGUCUAUUAACUCAUAUCUACCCAGUUCAAUUUUGUGAAGUAAAUUGGCUCAACUGUAUUUAAUAAAAUGUUUAAUGUCCUCAAUAUUUUUCCACACGAGUCUCUUUGAACAGAUUUAUGUCACCAGUGGGAUAAAAUAAUUAAAUGCAGUCACGCUGGUGACGUUGCCACCGAGGCACAAAAGUCCAUUAUUAAUAGUGCAGUGAUGUAUAAAAUUCCCAGCUGAGAAAUCCUUUUACUGCUCUCCUUAUCUUGUCAGGCUAAUCUUUUUUGGCCCCUUUUCAGCUGGGACACAAUCUUAAAUUAGCUUGGCCUGGGUAGGAGACCAGCAUAAAUCAUGUAAACUUGUUUUUUUUUUGUUUUGUUUUUUCAGUAGGGACGUUUGUUGGUUAUGAGGAGCAGGUUAACAUGACUUGAUGUUGCUGUGAGGUUUUCUGAGAGCUUGUUUCUCCUGUUAGAGAGACUGAAGCGAUGCUGUGGUUUAGUUCUCAUGUGUCUCUGUAAUGUUUGGCUGUGCUUACAGCGGUUGACCCUCCCAGCUCUACUGCUAUUUUUGUUAUUUAAAUGACAGAGCUGUUUGCCAGCCUUCACUCCCCUUCUAUUUCAGUCAGGAUACAGAGUGGACACAGAUGUGGAGGGACUCAAUUAAAGAGCAGUUAACAUGCACACACACACACACAUGUAGGCCUGUCUCUGCCUGUCAGUCGGAGACUAUUUCUCGUGUGUGUGGACUUUUGCUGAUUGUUCAUUUGAUCCAUCAAUUAAAUCUCAGAGGUCUUUGAUGUUCACAUGUAGAUUUAAUAUUACAUCUGUAAAGAUAUGGCUUUGUCAUGCUAUUAUUCUUUUUAUAAUAAACAGGCAAUUUGGGGUGAAUCUCAUGAAACGUCAAGAACAUGUCUGGGUAAUUUAUACCAAAUUUAAAAGAAAAUAAAAAUAUUACAUUUAUGAAAAUUAAGCAAAUUUGUCCUCUCAAUUCUCA